AUUCUAGAUUCAGUUAAAGCGGGAACGGGCGAAAAGAAGCAUUUGUGCUGAGGUUUUUCCAAAAUACAAAUGUUUUAUCCUCCUAAAUCCAAGCCUUUUUUCGCCUACACCUGACGACCACAAUGACUUGGCUUUAGUCGAUUAUAAAGAUAUUAUUUUGGUUUUCUAUAGCGCAAGUAAAAGAGAAAAAGCUAAUCGACAUAGCUAGCUAACUGUGGUCAACAACGAAGGGACGUGACGCGUGCGACUUAAAGUAACAGCGGAUAUUUUAAAUAAGCGUUCAUCUUUUUAUUCAUGUCUGGACAUAUACUUUGGUGCUACUUAUGUUAAAGUUAGUUGUUUUUAAUCACAAUUCAGCGGGACUUUCUCCAACGGCGUGUUUUUGUUUACAACGCCCUUCUGAGAGAGGGGCUACUUCAUGAAGGAGAAUAUCAUGAAGCCCAGGCACAACAAGGGGCGAUUGCCAGACUGUGAUAAACGUGCACUGAUUCAGACGAGAGCGACCCCAUGUGCCUCACAAACUCCUCGAGUCAAACCAUUUACUGGGAAAGUGUUUUACCUGGACCUAACGUCUAAUAAAGUGGCAGAGACGUUAGAAAGUGAUAUUGAAUUAUUAGGAGGGACGGUUGAAAAGUUCUUCAGUAAAGAUAUAAAGUAUCUUGUCUCCAAUAAAAGAGAAGCCAAAUAUGUGCAGUGCCUCAGACAGGACUCACCGGCGCCGAGUCCAGAGUCUGGGCCUAGUUCCCCUCAGCUCUGUUCCGGAGACGGCACCAAGAGCACCUCCCAGCUCCAAAAAGACACUGUUGCCAUGAGCCAGGGAAAGUCUUUAGUGAAGAAAGUGGUGAAGGAGCAGGAGAGGAUUCGGAUGAACAAAAUUCUCUCAAAUGCUUUGGAGUGGGGCGUGAAGAUCCUUUAUUUAGAUGAUGUAAUAUCUUAUGUUAGUAAGAAGAAAAAGAGCAUUUCUUGUCAGCAACCUGCUCCAGCUGUUGUCAAAACAAAUCUAAAAAAUGAGUCAAAACUUAGUUUUCAAAAAUCCAAAGGUGGACGUAUAGGUAAACCCUUUGUCAAAGUAGAAGAUGCAAGCAGACACUAUCGGCCAUUUUACCUCAGACUGACAAAUGUCCCAGAGUUCACCCUGUCGACGCAUCCUCCCUGUACUCCGUUCUGUUUAGAGAACAAAGAUGCUGCAGGAAACAGGACCCAAAGAGGAGUGAGAGCUUUAGCCUCUGACGAGAGACCGAACGAACGAAAGAAGAAGAAGCUAGGAGGAUAUUGUGAAUGCUGUUUGCUGAAAUAUGACAACAUCACAACACAUCUACAAAGUGAUCGACACAAAACUUUUGCCAAAAGUGAUGAGUAUUUUAUUGUGGACAAACUUGUGUCAGCGAUGCACUGCAACUUCAUCCCCUUCAGAAAUAAACUUAAAAAGCCGAAGUGUAGUGUGUCGUCAGUCCUGAGCGUGCCGGGACCAUUUGUGGAUAAGCCAAGAGCCGAGGAUGGAGUUGAUUCUGUUGUGAAGCUUGAAUUGUUUCAAUCCCAAAACCAUGAGAGGAAAGAGGAGCGGAGUUCAAUACCUCCUUUAAAAACCACAGCUGCAGCGCCUUCUGUCUGUCACAAAACAAACAAAAGAAGAAAAAACAGCACUUUUUCAGACUCAAAACGCAAACAGCCGCCUAGACACACCUUCACCUCAAAUAUAAAAGAACAGCGGCCUCACAGAAACGAAGAACUGGCUCCCCCUACAGGUGCCAGUCCAGCACCUCACCCAGGCUUCAGUGAGGCACAUCUCUCACUGAGCCAUAGCACAGAAGCACUUGGAGAUGUGAAUAGCAAAACUGAACCUCUUUCACAAACUUUAAAUGAGACAAAUCCAGAGACUAAACUGGAGUCUGGUCUAUGCACUGCAGCGCACAGAAGAAUGCUAGUGCACAAACAAUCAACUGAAAACUAUGUUUCACUCAAAGGGGGUUCAUCUGAGGACUUUGUUCCCGAGGAGAUGAUCAAGAGAAAAAUUAAAGUUUAUAAACGUAAAAGACAAAAAAUGCUCGGCCCAUUGGUCAGCAGUCUAAGCGUGGAGCAGAGUGACGGCCUGACGAGGUUGAGGGAGCUGUUUCAGGACAGUGACGAUAUGGACAUUGAGUUUCAUGGGUUUGAAUAAAGCUCCAAAGGGAAUCGAAAUAACUCACUCUGCAGUUUUGAAUGUACUUAAGGUCCUGAUGAUCUGAAUGUGUAACACAUCUCUGUGAAUGUGUGGGCUGUGAUUAAAGAUCUAAAGAGAAGAAUUAAAUUAAAUAUAUUGACUUUU